UUCACAUGGGCUUACUAUGCUAUGCGGCUUCACUCUAUCGAACGGUACAGCUUAAGUCCUGUUUUUGCAUGGGUUUAUUACGCUACGCAGUAUUCGUGGGUGUUGCUGCAUUCCUUAUCAGCUGUGGUAUGGAUACGCUUCACUCAAACCAUCCCAUUCAUUUUGGUGGGGAAGUAGAUAGCAGCUAUGAGGCCGUACGAAAAGUCUUUGAGCAAAAUUUUAUCGAUGGACUAGAGCCAGAAGGAGCUUCUUUUGCUGUCUAUGUGAAAGGGCAAAAAGUUGUCGAUCUGUGGGGAGGCUAUGCAGACAUACAGGCAGCAAGAACUUGGAAAGAGGAUACAAUCAGCGUUGUGUUCUCCACUACCAAAGCCGUAGCUGCAUUUUGUAUUGCGCUGUUGGCCGAUCGAGGAAGGCUUAGAUAUGACGAUCUUGUAUCAAAGCACUGGCCAGGAUUUGCCAAGAAUGGAAAAGGGAAUAUCACUGUCGAAUGGGUGAUGUCGCACAUGUCAGGCCUGCACUACUUCAAUGAGCCCAUUACCAAGAAAAUAGCUACAGAACACAAUCUCAUGAGAGAAUUGAUCGAGAACGAAGCACCCAAGUUGCCACCAGGAACUAACUUUAGUUAUCACGCACUUACAUAUGGUUGGCUUGUCGAUCAAAUUGUCAGGCAUACUGACAAGAAGAAGCGAGGAAUUGGACAGUUUUUGCGAGAGGAGAUCACUGAACCAAAUGGAAUUGACUUUCACAUUGGUCUCAACCUUUCCGAGGAGUAUCGUGUUGCUCGUAUAGCUCCAAUCAAGACCUUAGAACGACUUAAGGAGAUUUUCCGCAAAUUUCGUUCUGCAUUUAUGUUUUUGAAAUACAGUUUCGCGGACAAGAAAUCUUCAGUCAAUAAAGCUGUCAGCAACCCUUCAUGGAUAACGGUGUCUCCGCACUGUUGUACAACGAAUGAUCCUGAACAACAUGCAAUAGAGCAGGCGGCAUGGCUUGGAGUUGGAAACGCACGGUCACUAGCAAAAUUAUUUGAUCUGUUCUUCAACAAAAGGCUGAUUGGUGCGAAGAUGUUGUCGCUACUCAAGAAACCUGUGGUGAACGGAACAAAUUACGUGCAGAAAGAUGUUGCUUUCGGUCAUGGCUUUAUGUACCAUCCACCAGUCGUAAGCGAAGGCAAUCCUUUAAUUGGACAUGCUGGUUAUGGAUGCCAAGAAGUGAACUUUGACACGACGAAUAACAUUGCCAUCUCAUACAUUAGCAACGGACUGAAAUGGGUCUGCGUACCAGCUGAUUUGGUACAAGACGCAACGAAGGAUAUUUCAAGCAAUGCAGAGGAUUGGAUAGGAGAAAUCGGUGGAUGGCAAAUAUAA